CAGAAUUUAUGUAGCUUACUGAAUAAUUUAAAUCAACCUAUUCUUUACUGGAGGAUAACAACACGCUCGAUACACCUUAAACGACUUGAGGUAAAAAAGAGAAUUAUAAUCAAUGGCCUUUGCCACUAGGACGGUAAUUUUCAUCGAGAUGCUUGCAUUUGGAAUUGGCACAUUUUUGUAUGUUGCAGGUAUGUGACAUGUUUAGUGCUUUAUUUGUAGAAAGUUGAACUUCAGUUGGUUGAGACGGGAAUAAAUCUUUGCCUAAAAAGGCGGAAACAGUGAGUUUUGUAUAAGCGUGGGUUGGAAAUUUCAAACAAAAGCUACAAAAUUAUUGUAAGAUAGCGAAAUAGGAAUCAUUAGUGGAAAUUAUGAAGGUGAGAUGACUUGAAGGGCUAAUAUACAUGACUAUUCUUUCGUAAAAGGCUAACGUUUUGUCAUCUUACAGCUGAAAGUAAAAGAUGAUCAAACCUACAUAAUUCUCUUCUUGGAACUUUAUCUGCGCAAAACAAGGAUUAACGAGCAAAUUCCAUUUAAGUAUAGUUCAAAUGAAAUCCCAUCAGGAAAAAUUUUUCAUUCUCCCGCUCUACAAGCAUUUUGGAAGAGGCGUAAGGGUUGCGGUGAUGUGGUUUUACUCGAUUUUGGUGCGGUUUUGCGGGAAUUUUUAUUUUAAGUUUCGGUAUUGCGGUUUUACCAAGCCAAGCGGUUUGCGGCAUUUAGAACUUUUCGGGUAAUAUCAGUGCGGUUUUCUUAUGUUGUUCUGUGCGGUGUUUAUACGUAUUUCUGUGCGGUUUUGCGGCAUUCGUACCCCCUUACGUCUCCUCCUAAAACGUAAGCCCAUCCUCAACUUUGCUUAUUUGAUUAACAUUUCAUCUACACUCUCUUCACGAAAGGGUGUCCGCUCAAUACAGGGUCAGUUUGCCGACCAUGGGUUUGAGAAUCCUAAAGUAAACUGAAAGCAGACAAAUAGUUCAAAUUUACAAUAAACAAUAUCUAUCAGUACGGACACCUGCUGCUUCAAGGCAUAAUUAAUAUCACCUGCAAAAAGAUAACUCACUAAAAUACAAAGUAUGUUAACGUUGACAAAGGCAAUUUCGUAUCUGCAUAGAAAUGACUUUUCUGUGUUGAAAUUAGAAUAGCCAGUUAAACUGCACAUCGCAUAAUUGAGAGCUGAUUGAAAUGUAGUUUGAAACGUUAUAAGUUAAAAUUUUUGCACUAAAGAAAUGUCUUUGAAAGAUCAGCAGUAGAUAUUUAACAAUUAUUCCUCGAGCCCAAAUGGGCUCUGAGUCAAUAGCCAAUGAGGCCGAAGGCCGAAUGAGCCAUUGACGCAGAGGCCAUGAGGGCGAGAGGAAAAAUUGGUUUCGUAAAAUCCAACUGGUUGGUCAAAAAUAUCGAGACAAAACAACUUUAGCUAACAAAACGCGAUUCAGCCGCCAUUGUUUGGGUUUUCAAAGCCGGCGCUUUUCGCUACUAGUGGGCUAUAACAUAUAGGCUAGUAGUAGCUCAACCAAUCAGAACGCAGCAUUGAUACUAGACGACUAGUUGGAUAUUACUAACAUGAUAUAACCUCUGCCUAAUUCAGCCCAUUUUUGUUUCCAGUUGUUGCCAGAGAAUACAAUCGCGUUUUAAUAUUCAAGGAGCCAGUAGAGGGCAAAAUACUUCAGGGUCACGUGAUAAGGACAGAGAAGGUGGCAAAUGAAGGGAGCUGCCGUGUGAAGUGUUUCUUGGAGCCCAACUGUGUGUCCAUUAAUGUGGGUCCUGCUGACGACCAAGGACAUCGCACGUGUGAGUUGAACAACCUUACAGAUGAAGGUCCAUUACAAACUGGCUUGACGCGUACGGAAAAGCCAGGCCACAUUCACUAUUCAGCUGAGGUAUCAGAUAUAUUUGCUGAUAAUCAUUUAUGCUUGUCAUUCUUAAAUGAUAUUCGCGAAACGGGAAUUCCCUUAUGCUGGAUACAACUAAGACUGAUGGUAAUCAGUGGAAUAAAAACGUUUUUGGUUGGCAACAAUUUCACUUAAUUAAACGUAAUCUAGUAAAACAAUAAUUAAUUUAAACGAAAAAACGAGGGGCAUUUGCAAACUCUCUAGGAACUAAUCACUAUUUAAUAACAAAUUAAUAAUUUUAUAAGGAGUAUCUGCUAAAACAAAAUGCUUUCCCACAGAACAUUUGUCACAGUAACCCAUGCCCUAGAGGGAACUUCAUCUGUCAGGUGGGCUUCACAGCUAAACGCUACCGAUGUGUUUGCCGCGAUCGUUUUAAAGGAGAAAACUGCGACGAAGGUAUGAAUCGUGAGGUUGACCUUGUUGUUUUGUAUGUCAGUAUCUGUUAGCACAUUGUUUGACUCACAAUCUGGGCAGUUCGGUCUCUUUACUUAAUACGUGCUCCUUGUGCCAGCUUUUGUUAGAGUAGUUCAUUUCGAUUAUUUGCCCCAUGCGACAUAUUAUAUUGCCCCAGCGUAUAGGUAGGGUUUUUAAGGUGGUCCAAUACUGACUGAAGAUGGUCGAGACCUCGGACAUAAGGUUCUUCCACAGGGUACAGGUGACAUCCUGAAUUUCACCUCAAACUGAAGUGACAACUGUCAGCUGGUUGGCCAGUAUGCUCUGCAGAUCCCUUUUUCGCACCUUUUUGAGUUGAAAUUCUUGAAGCCAUCUGGGAGCGCACCCGAUUGAAGAGGAUUGACAUUUAAGUUUAUUGCUUGCGCCUGCCCGGCUACUAACAUUUGUAAAUGCUACCGUUUAGACUUUAGAACAACCCAUCUUAUUUAGAUCUUAACAGUCUUAAAUUGUUAAUAUCUUGAUGGUAAUCUUGUUUUGCAUUUUUCCGCGCAGAGAUCAAUGAAUGCAAACUUGAUACAGAAUGUAGAGGUGAGUUCGUGAUACUUAAUACAUGAAUUUUAUUACAAACUUAUUUUGCGUCAUAUUUCCCUAAGUUCCCCUCCCCUUUCCUGUUUAAAAUAGUAACUGCGCGCAGCGCUAUACAUGCACGCGCUUCUGACACCGGAUAUUUGUGCCCUUGUUUGAAAUUCAAGUUUUGCUGUCAUUUGUCUCCAAAAAUCAUUAAAAAUGGAAGAAAAGAAGAUGUUCAAAUAGCUCUGCAGAAUUGAGCUUAUUAUUUAGGACCAAUUAAAUGAAAACAAGAGACUAUAAAGGGGACAGAAAGGGCAUCCCCCAUAUACACCCUAUUCCAUAGGUAAUUCGUCUCGAGUUAUUUUUAGAAUCGGGAUAAAGUUACCUCGCGCGAGGCGUGGAUGUUUCGUGGAGGUUUCGCAUGACCAAACGCCGUGCAAAACAUGUCGGGCGAGAGGCAAUGAAAGCGUAAAAAGAUCGAGAGCAUUCCUAAAUAUUGAAGCGAAAUGAGUCGACGUUCACCUGGGAAAAAGGAAUCGCUGGACUCUUUGACAACCCGUGAAAUCAGUUUAACUCGAAGUUGUCGUAACCUCAGUGCUUUAAUAAAAUGAGAAAUUUCGCCGGUCUAUUGAAACCGGUCGUUUGUACAAUUUUAGGGAGUUUAAGAUCCAACGACGCGGACGACAACUAGAACGUCUAAAAACAAUAGGUUUAAUGAGCAAAACAACAACUUCGCACGUGCAACACACUUUUUUGUUCAUUUCUUUCCCGUUUUUGCACGACUACGACGUGAAAAUGCCUAAUUUCGCGUUUUAUGGAGGACGUAAAUAAGCAACGACGAAAUUUUAUUUCUCUUUCUGAGCUUGAAUAUGGUCCCUUGAAAUUCAGCUUUAGGAAGGUUCGCCUACAAUUAACAAAGUAAGUGGGUAGGAGUAAUCGCUAUAAAGAAUGAAAAAAAUAAACAUCAAACCAGAAAUUGCUCUCUUCAAACUGUAAAUUGUAAAUGAUCCUGAGAGAAUAUUCAGUGUGUUAAGGAUUUCCCUGCUCUACUGUUAGCUCUAUACAAGAGAGGAAGGGCGAUUCUUUUUUAAUUUCGGUUUUGCUGACACAGCUUUCGCAGAAAUCUCGCUGUAGUCGUUUUCGUCGACAAAAGGAAUAGCAAAAUCGCUCUCCGCGUCUUCCCCCAUUUUGUUCUGCGUCAUUUCGUGAAGGACGCGUGGCUCUCAGCGUGGGUCAUCCACGCGGAACACAUUCGCGCCAUGUGAUUGGCUGUUGUCUAAUCCCCCUUGAGAUCUGUGGUGUUAAAAAUAACUCGAGACGAAUUACCUAUGAAAUAGGGUGUAUAUGAGGGAUGCCCUCUCUGUCCCCUUUAUAGUCUCUUGAUGAAAAAUGUUAGUUUCAAAAACGUUCACUUUUUUUGUAUAUGGCUAAUACCUAACUGGUCCUUCCUUGAUGGUUAUCAUGACCCCAAAAACCCGUGCAGUAGCUUAAUAGAGAAGUACCCUGAGACUUAUAAUGUGUGCUUCCCCGUAAGAAAAAAUUAACAAGAAAAGCAGUUCCGUUUAAAUAAACCGUGAUUAUCCACAGCCCUUAUCAAGUAUAUUAAGAAGAAAAAUAGGCUUUUUAAAAAAUAUCUGCGGAAUCCGACAAUAGAUCGUCAAUCAAUUUACAAAAGCUAUAAAGCCAAAUUAAAUCAUUCUCUGCCGAAAGCGAAACCUCUCUACUACGAGAAAAAAUUGAAUAAUGUUUAAUCAUAAACCCAUGAGUUUCUGGUUCAAUAUAACACUCGUACUACUUGGAAAGUUUUAAAUGAAAUUUUAAACAGAACGAAAAAACAUUCCAAGUGAUGUUCACUGACAUUUAAAGCCGAUGAUCGUGAAAUUACUGAUCCUGUCGAAAUUGCCAACAGGUUUUGUAGUUACUUUUAAAGCAUUGGUCCUAAUUUUUCAAGGGGUAUACAGUGUACAGCUUCAGACCGUAGUUUUCUUAAUGGUUCCUGUACACAGUCAAUAUUCUUCAACCCUACAACCCAAGAUGAGAUCGCUGAAAUUGCUGGGCAAAGCAGGUGGCUAUGACCAGAUUCCAAUGACAGUCAUUAAGGAGUCCAUUCUACUCGUUUCCGAACCACUCACCCAUAUCAUAAACUUGUCUAUUCAGCAUGGCAUUGUUCACGAUGAAAUGAAAAUUGCUCGCGUGAUACCUAUUUUUUAUAUCUGAUGAUCAGUCGCUUUUCACCAACAACCGACCUAUCUAGGUACUUCCCAGCUUUUCAAAAUUCUUAGAAAGAGUUAUCUACAAUCGUUUAAUGCAAUACCUUACGAAUUUCAACAUCCUCUGUAGCAACCAAUACGGCUUCAGGAAAAAUCAUUCCACUGCACUCGCACUAAUCUACUUGCAUGAUAAGAUCUCCACGGCCUAUGACCGAGGUGAAUUUGCCGUAGGCAUUUUUCUUGACCUCUCAAAAGCCUUCGACACUAAAAAUCAUGCUAUUCUUUUAAUAAACUGGAACAUUACCGUAUUCGUAGGUUAACGCUGGACUGGAUACGAAGUUACUUUUCAAUCAGAAAGCAAUAUGUUGAAUACAAUAGCUACCGUUCGUUAAGGGAAAUGAAAUCUCUUGAGGGGUUCCUCGGGGGUCUAUCCUCGGACCUCUAUUUUUCUUACUUUACAUUACCGACAUUAACAAUGCUUCUAAUCUAUUAAAUUUAAUACUGUUCGCGGACGAUACCACGGUAUUCAUGUCACAUAUAGAUCUAAACUAUCUUUCAGAUUUGUCUUGCUAUUCUGCAAGAGCGCUUUAUUAGAAUUAUUAAUAAAUCACAUUUCAACGCUCAUACACAUCCCGUCUUUAAGGACCUUGGUAUACUAAAAUUUAAUGAUAUCUAUUUGCUUCAACUGGGCCAAUUUAUGUUUUCUUGCACAAGUUCAUUCUUACCUCCAAGGUUUAAUAACAACUUCUCCCAAAACAAUCAAUUCCACUCUUACAAUGCAAGAAAUUCCCAGGCCUACCGUCUACCGUGUUCAGCGGUCGAACAAACACUAAGAAGUUCUCGCCCUUUUUUCAAGGACUUAAGUUUUUGAAUUCACUUGACAACGAGGUCAUCAACUCUCAACCCCCUUCCUGUUUUAAGAAAAUACUGAAGAUUAAAUUAUUAACUAAAUAUGAAAACAGUUCAUAAAUCUUUCCAUCUUCGACUUUUCGCCAUAUUUUUUUGAAUUGAUGUUAAACAGCUCUAGCCCGUGGUUCGAGCAGGCCAAACUUCUCAUAAGCUCCCAUAGUUUCUGUUGGGUCUUCUCGCCACGUCUUUUUCUACUUAAAUUCCUAUAUUACUUGUAACUGCUUCUAUUGUGUGGCAAAUAAAAUAAAAUAAAAAAUAAAUGUAUAAAAUAAAAUACCUAUGAAAUAUCAGCAUUAACCCUAUUCAGACGUGGCUUUUUUUUCUUCACGCGACUGGCCGGGAGGCUUCGGAGGCUCCCUCUAUAACUUCAAGUCAAGACCGCUCAUUCUACAGCCACCAAGAUUACACACAAUAAUGUACUCAUCAUCUCUAACUUCUGGGCUUAACUUGAUUGAUCGAAUAACGUUAUCUGACGUCAUUAUGACGUCAUAUUUUUCAGUAACCAGUAUCCAAAUUUUCUUUAAAGUAGACAUUAAGCGAAAAAUACUUAUUACAAUAAAUGGUUAAGUCUCUAAUAAAAACAAGGAAGUUGGCUAACAUCUUUAACAUCUUUAACAAUAGCAAAGAUGUCAUUAUGACGUCAUUUAUUUGGAAGCAUGCACUAUCUUGGAUCCGCCAGUUUUAGUUAGUUAAAUGUAUUCCAUUUUACUCGCAUGUAUCUAGGCACUUUAACAGAAAACUUAAUCUGAGUAUAAAUUGAUGCUUAGCAAGCAAAAAAAAAAAAAAAAUCCUCGAAAUAUGAAAUUCCGAAGGAAAUUAACACUGUUGAAAAUUUAACUCCGCAUAUCGAACUCAUGUUUUUUCUUCCUCAGACUAGACACCAAAAAGCCUGGAUUACGACAACUUUGAUAAAAUAAUGCUAACCUAAGUGUAAUAUAAUAAUUCGAUCAGCAUAAAUAGAAAUGCCACCUAUUUUUAAGAGAGAAUGAAAAUUUUGAAAAACAUGGUUGUCGAAACUCGCUUGUCAUGGUAACAUCAAUUUUGACGUACACGUCACGACGAUUUUAAAAUGUUUCCACGUGAGUUGUAGGAAACGUCGCUUAGUUCGGUGGUCCUAGCUGGAACAGUUCAGAAGUAAUGUUCAACAUCGUUAGCGAGGGGGUCUCAAAAGCUUCGCCGGGGUUUAGUAUGGUUAAAACAACUAAAAACAAUAUAGUGUAUGAACUGAUCGAAUUUCAAAUAGUAAAUUAACCUGUCAGCAGUUUCAAAAUACCCUCCAACAGUUUCAUCAACAACAGAGGCUCCAGAUACAUCAACAGCAUCUUCAUCAGCAACUCAAUCGGGUAGGUAUUUUCCUUACGUUAGGAUUAGCUCAUAAGUAGAGAACUUGAAUACACUGAUACCGUUUUAGAUACUUAAUUUCAGAGCAGUAAUGUUUUGUUUAUGAUACCUUAUUAUACGGCUAAAUUCGUGAGCGGGCAAAAUGUAGCAAAUACUGUGUUCUGAUGGGCAACCCACCAUCAGGAAACUGCCUCUCGGGAUUUACCGCGUUGGUCCCGCAAGCACAGGAUGUCAUUUUUUAAGCCACAUAUAGUAAAUCCUCGAUUGAUUAAGCAUGAGGUCAAGAUGGCCGGCUGGAUAUAUAUAUAUAUAGUUGGCCUUUUUUCCUUUUCUUUUCUUUUUCUUCUUCCUUUUUAAUUUUCAACUGGACUUUAUAAACUUGCAAAGAAAAUAAAAGGCUUUAUUUCCAAUAUUCAACCGUCAUGACCCUAUACCUAAACAUUAACGCAUAAUCGCCUCCUACCAUCUGAUUCCUAUUUACCGAUAGCAAAUCUGGUACAGUCACUUACAAACUGGGCGAGGGAAAAACAAUGAGGAAAUAAAAAAUAUAAUACUCAAACAACUGGAAACAAUAUUGUGUCAGUAUUCUUAUCUUGCUCCUUAACAGAUGCAUCGUCAUCAGAACCCGCAGUGAUAUCAAAAGCAGUUUCCACAGCUUCAUUAGCUUCGACAAACCAACCUUCUCAACAAGGUAGGUAA